AUGGCUGGUGUGUGGUCUAUGGGUCCUGGUACCUAUGAAGUUCCAUUGUCCUUAUUCGCUAAGAACAGAGAUAGACUUGCAGAAAAAUUGAAGAGUGGCCAAGUAGUUGUUCUGCAAGGAGGAGAUGAUAUAAAUCACUAUGAUACUGACAUCCAAUACAUUUUUAGACAGGAAGCAUAUUUUACAUGGGUUUGUGGUGUUCGAGAGCCGGGCUGCUAUUUUGCUCUUGAUGUGAAAACCAAGAAGAGCAUUGUAUUUGUGCCCCGUCUGCCAGAUGAGUAUGAAAUUUGGAUGGGGAAACUACUCAGUUGUCAAGAUUACACAAAUAUGUAUGGGGUCAAUGAAGUUCGUUUUGUUGACGAGAUCUGUGAAGUAUUAAAAUCACUCAACCCUGACACUUUGCUGACACUUAGUGGUCCCAACACUGAUAGUGGAUUAACUGCUGCAGAAGCUGUGUUUGAAGGAAUUGAUGAAUUUAAAGUGGACAAUGAAACACUAUUUCCAAUUAUUGCUGAACUGCGCGUCAUCAAAACUCCAGAGGAGAUUGAAGUAAUGCGUUACAUAUGCAAAGUAUCCUCUGAUGCUCAUAAACAGGUGAUGUUAUACGCAAAGCCGGGUCUUAUGGAGUAUCAAUGUGAGUCAGUGUUCCUUGAUCAUUGUUACCGUGUGGGCGGAUGUCGCCAUGUCUCCUACACAUGUAUUUGCGGCUCGGGAGACAAUUCUGCUAUUCUGCACUAUGGACACGCAGCAGCACCUAAUAAUAAAAUGAUCAAGGAUGGGGAUAUAUGUUUAUUCGACAUGGGCGGUAAUUACGCUGGCUACGCCGCAGACAUUACAUGCUCUUUUCCUGCAAAUGGAAAAUUCACUGAAGAUCAGAAGCUCAUAUAUGAAGCUGUGUUGGCUGGAAGAGAUGCUGUUAUUAGACAGGGAAAACCAGGAGUUAAAUGGACAGACAUGCAUCUAGCUGCAAAUAGAGCUAUGUUAGAACAUCUCAAGAAAGGUGGACUUUUGAAAGGAGAGGUGGAGAAAAUGAUUGCGUUUGGUGUGAACGGCAUCCUUCAACCUCAUGGGCUCGGUCACUUAUUGGGUCUUGAUGUGCAUGAUGUAGGAGGUUAUCUCAAACACUGCCCUCCAAGACCCAGCGGACCUCUUGGAAGAUUAAGAACUGCUCGGGUAUUGGAAUCUGGAAUGGUCCUUACUAUUGAACCCGGAUGUUACUUCAUACCAAAGUUAUUAGCUGCAGCUAAACGAAGCCCGAAAGUAUCGCAGUUCUUCGAUUGGGAUGUAAUGGAGAGAUUCAGAGGCUUUGGCGGAGUUCGCAUAGAAGAUGACGUACUCAUCACAGAUAAUGGCGUCGAAAAUCUCACAUUCGUGCCAAGAACUGUUGCGGAAAUAGAAGAGUUCAUGGCUAAUGGUGCAAACUUCAAGUAA